AUGGUUCGCGCAGACAUCGAUCCAGAAGCGCACUGCGGACUCACCUACGAGAGCCGAAAAUGGACGCAGGUCGCGUUCGUGCGCACAGCGUCCACGAAUGCCGCGCUGUCGCAUUCUGUAGUGUACGCGACGCGCGCGAACGAACGGGCACUCACCUCGACGUGA